UGGAGUCGGAUGUAUACAGACAUGACUGGCUCGAAUAUUAGACGCCGCGUUUGAAAGCACUUGUCUGUAUAUUGUGACAUAACCGCGGGGGGUAAAGCGAGCAGUGGCCCACCACCCACAUACGACUCGACCUGAAACUGAAAGAGUGUUGAGUAACUACUGAGUUCACCUGCUGUGCUGUACAGCAGUGCUGCUGUCUGAUUUGACCAGUGGCUGCUGUGGCUUCUGGCUGUCCUCCGCAUUUUUUCCAUGCCCUUGUCUGAAAGAGCAGUGACAUAGAAACCGUUCGAUAACCCCCAGGAAAAUGUCAGAGGUCAACAUAGCAAAGCGCAAGGAGAAGUGUGAGAACUGCACCAAACAGUGCAACAAGAAACAGAGUGAGAAUGGUGCUAACUCACACCAGGAGAGAGAUGAAGUCAAUGGACAGAUGCAUGAAGGAUCCCAGUUGCUGCUGAGUGCCUGUCUCUCUUGUGAUGGCUGUCUAUCAGAGGAGGAGAGCCUGAAGAUCUCUCAGCAGAGCCUGGAGGAGGUGGAACGGGUUCUGGCACUCAAUAAGAAGUGUGACGUGUCGAAGCACAAGGUGCUGGUAGCGUCGAUAUGUCCGCAGUCUCUGCCUUUCUUCGCUGUCAAGUUUGGUCUGGACGUCACUGAGGCUGCCCACAACCUCUGUGGCUUCCUCAAGAGUUUAGGAGUGCAGUAUGUGUUCGACACCACUCUGGCAGCAGGUUUCAGCAUCUUAGAGAGUCAGAAGGAGUUUAUUCAGAGGUAUCGCAGGAGGCACCAUGACUCCCACGCCUUGCCCAUGUUCACCUCCUCCUGCCCAGGGUGGAUCCGCUAUUCAGAGCGUGUCCUGGGCAGUUUGGUCACCCCUCAUAUCUGCACAGCCAGGUCUCCUCAGCAGAUCAUGGGUUGCCUGGUCAAAGACUACUUCUCUAAACAGCAGCAGAAGCUGAGUCCAGAGAAAGUCUACCACAUGUUGGUGGCUCCGUGCUUUGAUAAGAAGCUGGAGGCUGUCAGAGAGGAGUUUUACAACAGCCUGCUGGAGACGAGAGACGUGGACUGUGUCCUCACCUCAGGGGAGAUCUAUUGCCUGAUGGAGCAGAGGAAGGUGUCAGUGGAGGAGCUGGACUCAGUUCCACUGGACCAUGUGCUGGGAGAGGCUGAAGACUUGGCGCUGGUGAGGCACGAGGGCCGAGGUUCUGAAGGCUUUCUGGAACACAUCUUCAAACAUGCUGCCAAAGAGCUUUUUGGUCUGGACGUCCAUGAGAUCACAUACAAGAACCUCAGGAACCGGGACUUCCAGGAAGUGACUCUGGAGCGGGACGGAGAAACUCUGCUGCAGUUUGCCGCCGUCUACGGUUUCAGGAACAUCCAGACCCUGGUUCACCGAAUGAGAAAGGGGCGUGUGCCUUAUCAGCUGGUGGAGGUGCUGUCCUGCCCGGGAGGGUGCUUGAGUGGCCGGGGUCAGGCUGAGAACGAGGCAGGAGGCCGCGUGGACAAAGCCCUGGUGCAGCAGAUGGAGGAGGUCUACAGCAGCCUGCCAGUCCGUCUCCCAGAGGUCAGCCCCGCCCUGCACACCCUCUAUCAAGACUGGCUGCAGGGCCAGGACUCUCCACAGGCCAGCAUGCUCCUGCAUACCCAGUACAGAAGUCAGAGUCAGAGCCAAAUGCAGCCCCCUCACAUGCAGUGGUGAGAGACAGGGGGUGUUUUACACUGAAGACAUGGCUGCCUCUAGGUAGAUUCUGAUUUCCUUGGACCAUCUAAUCGUUCAUGCUGGCACCUCGAAGGACAAGCCUAAGGCCAUGGUGCACUACGGACCAGUGCAGCAGUUCUUCCAUUUCACCACAGGGGGGUGAUGUCUGAGUUUAAAAUUGGUGGAUCCUGCGCCAAACGUGAGCCUGAGGAUAAAUGAUGGUCCAGAGUCCAGAAAAGCCCACACUUUGACAUUUAUCAGACUGAGGCAGUGAUGUCAGCAAACUGCAGGUAAUGGCUUUCAAAAACAUGAGGUACAAAGUCUGACCCGCCAGCUGUUCCGAGAAAUGAGAAGGACUGUAGCAAGUGUGACAUAUUUAUGUCGAUUUACAGAGCAAUAAGCCACAGAAGAUGUAUCAAAACUGGAGCUCAUGAACUGAACUUGUGGAUGCUGAAUGUACAUUUGAGAAGUCUAAUGUAUUCCAAAUGUCAACUGUCCAGUAUGAAACCUGCUGUUUUAUCUCGUGUUUGAGUUGCCUCCACUGUUCCUAACUAAAAGACAAGACAAUGUGUUUGCAAACACAUUGAUAACUAUGCAACAGUGUGAUCACAUUAUCUUAACAGUCAUAGUCAAUGGAAAGAGAUUCAAGAGGAUAGAAGUUUUUUUUAGUAACACUUAAUAACCUGACAGUGUUUCUUAAUGUGGUUUAUCCAUCCCAGUGAAGAAUCAGAGUUAUUAUUUUCUAAUGGUACAAGAUGAUUUCAUUUAUAUUCUAACUUUGUUCCCAUUCCACAAACUUGUCAUUUUAAGUCCUAUGUUGUUUUUGUUUGUUUUGCAAAACCAACACACAUGCUAAGAACUAAAAUACUCUGAUAAAUGAAGUGUUGUCUCAUUUAAGUGUAGACUCUGUGUGGAUGCUGUCAUUGCAAUUCCAUUCAGUUUCAUUGUGAUAUCUCAAAAUCUAAGCAAAUUUAACCAAAACUGCCUGCCUAUCUUUUCCUCUUUCUUUAUAUCAUUGGUCAUUGAACUUCUUUGGAUUUUGGAUUAUUGGUUGGACAAAACAAGUCAUUUGAAGAUGUCACAUUUGGGGCUUUUGGAAAUUUAAUUGUCCUGUUUUUAACUAUUUUUCUGACGAUUUAAAGACCAAUGAAUUUAUCGAUUCGAAUCUGUAUGUUUUGAUCCCCAUUAGCUUCCACAAAGUGGUCCCUGGCAUCCACACAAAAUAUUAAUAAAGCUAUUUAAAGGAGU